GUGUGAUUCAUCUAUCCCAAUGCCUAGUCGUUGCCCUUACAACUCAAGAUUUCGGAGGGGUUCAGGCGGGCAUUUGACUCUAGCGUUUUUGCGGAGCAGAGAAUUAGUAGGAUUGUAUUUUAAACUUGCCCCUCCCCACCCGUUGCAUUACUCUACUGUGAAGUUAGUCAAACGACCAUCAGUGUUCUCUAUUUGCAUUUUUGUUGGUGCUAUGGUAAAUCUUUUCACGAAAGCUGAUAUUCUACCCUUGGCAGUUGUUUAAUUUCUCUUAUUUUCAUGCGGUUUGGUUGUAGAGAAUAAUACUGUUCUUGCUUAUGUCAUCAAAAAAAUUAGAAACGGAAAGUUUUUGAAUGGAUUUUAUUUAGCUUGAACAUAGUUAAUACUAGGUAAUUAGGGGAGGAGUUUAUUUCGGAAAUCAAGAUUUGUCUGAAUUUUGAAUUUUCCAAUUGAAUAAUGAAAGAUCAAAGACGGGCCUUCGCGGUCAUAAAAAUUAAUGAAAGAGAGAAUUGUAUGCUGGAGCUGUGCCGUCGGAACGAAAUUCAUGGAGGGGGGGGGGCUGCCCAUUGAUCUCCUUCUCAUUCAGUAAACUGUUAGAAAGGAAACAUACUACAGUUUGAAAAUUAUUUGGGGGCUCCAGCCUCGCCCCCCCCCCAACCCUCCCGGUUCUGACGGGCCUGUGGGGUAAGUAAAAUACCGGACGUCCCUGCCUGUUCUACACGGUUAUAGAUUACGUGACGCAGCUCAAAGUCUGUCGGGAUCCAUGUAGCUUGAUUUAUUUGGGCGUCUUGGGGGUCCUUUGUGAAGACUCAUCAAUGCCGCAGGGUAGAUGAAUUGCAUGAUUAAAAAUUGAAAAGAUCAUAAAAGUUGCAGGUGAUUGACAGAAUCACAGCUGUCUCCAAACAUCGGAAAACCAGUUUUAUUUACGGAUUUGUAAUGUUGAUGAAGAUGGAUUAGCUUGGUCGUGGAAGUAGACGAUAUCAAUGUUGGUCGCACUCGGUUUAGCUAACUGGAUGAAAUCACGCCGUCGCACACUAACAUGGAACACACUUCCGCAUGCUUGACCUUACUGAUUAUUGCGUUCUCCUUUAGACCUGUUGAGGCCAGCCCAGAAAUUGGCUUCUCAGCAAGACUAAAGUCAGACUUUGGAAUCAAAAGAUCAAAAUGGACUGCAAUUGGUGACUGGGAGAAUAGAGGGUAUUCUCUUGUUUUUGAGUAUGGAAUACAACUAGACGCAAAGAAAGGAAGUGCUCACUUGCCAUAUACUGGUCUCUAUUUUAUCUCUGCAAAUAUCAUGGUUUCAUCUGAAUCCAAAAUUCAGAUUCAAAUUUGUGUUGCAAAUAAUGUAUGUCAAACAAGUGAUCAAAAUGAGCACACAUACUUCAUUGCAACUCAAGGCUCCUUUGUCAAACAUGAGAAACUGACAUUAAGAGUCUUGGCAAGUGAAAACUGCUUUGUCUUGAAGGCAUCUACUUUUGCAGUUCAAUAUCUUGGCUCUCCUUCAAGAGAACCAGGAUUCCUAGCCAUAUUUCCACAAAAUAGAACCUUGAAAUACAAAGACCAGCUUGGAUUCAAUACAAUUCGUGGAUGGCACAAACAAAAUAUUUAUUCAAAGCCUGUUAGCACAAGUAAUGGUAUAUCUGGAGGUAUUAAGAAGCUGGCAGUAGCAUGUGAUGGCAUGUACCUGGUAACUGUCACCCUGUCAUUUUAUGCAAAAGAUACAACCUACGAAAUAAAUCUUGUCUCCAAUGUCACCGAAAUAAGAUUUCAGCGUUCUUUCAAGUAUGUUGGCUUUGCGACAGUGACCUUAGUGAAGAACGUAAAUUUGAGUAAAUUUGAAGAGCUUACAUUACAGGUAAAAAGCCCAGAAAUGGAAGGUGUCCACAUUCUAGCCGGCAGCCGUUUUUCUGCUGUUUAUAUUGACAGCGAUGAUAAUAAUUUUGUUGAAUUCUCUCAGCCUCUAAAGGAAAAAGGUUUUGAAUCAAAAGUAGCUGUACAUACAAUCACGAACUAUGUACCAGAAUGGGUUAUUGGUAAAUAUAACAUAAAAAAGCGACAACAGAAGAAGCAUCUUUACUCGAUAGCCGUGCCAAAGCAUGGUGUGUACGUCAUAAUGAUCUACCUGAACAUGAAAAUUAGCGCUCUGGAUGAAAUAACUGCAAAUGUUCUCGUUUUCAAUGAGGGAAUUGUCAAAGUAACUUCACUGUAUGGUAGGCCACAGCCUGUUAACUGUGACGUGCUUCCCAAAAAGUAUGAACAAAUUUCAUUUACGGUGAACGGAGUUCUUGCUUUAGAAGCACACGAUUUCGUAUCAAUCUCCUUGCGAUCUUCAUGCAAAGAUGGUUUUGGGAUACUUGGAGAUAGCUGGAUUAGCUUCAUGGCUGUAAGGUCACACGAUAUCGCAGCAGGGUUUCUCUUGAGGGGACAGCCUCUUAUCACUGACAGUAUGCGCUACUUGCAAAUUCUUCACUUGAACUCUUCAUUUCUUAAUGCAUUGCCGUUGGGAAGCUCGUUCGCAAAAGAAAAUACUGAAUUCAGGUCGCAAAUGCGCGGGCUGUACCUAAUUGCCCUGAAUUUGGUAUUUUCGAGAAGAAGUUCAGAUUUAAAGACAAUCAAUAUACGGAUCGAGAAGAAAACCCAUACACCAAAUGUAUUAACCGAGUCAUUCCGCUCAGUAAAAGUUUUCGAUGUUAAUAUGACUGUUUUCGAAGGUACAACUGCUAUCAAUCCAAUCUUCGUGCAUAAUCUUGAAGAAAAUGAUCUUGUUUCGUUUAGUGUUGUGUCAGAUGGCGUUGUUUCGAUACGCGAAACAAGUUCGCUAUUUAUUUCGCUUGUUGAUUUCGUUGAAAGCGGUCGAACUUUCAUUUCCGUGCUGCAGCCACAGUCCAACCUCAUACAGUUCGAUACCAAAGGUGAUCAUAACAUCGAAAACUGGAUUCCGAAAACUUCUGGGUCCAUCAGUUUUACAUCACAUGGAAUGCCAGUAGCUCCUGAAGAUGGGUAUUACACGAUUUCAUGUUACGUUGAAAUACUGACCAAGUCAAAUGUUACCAUCCCCAAUUUUGGAUUGACUCUUGUAGCCUAUUUCGAUGAUAAAAACAUGAAUUUCGGACUUCGCGAUAAAGUUGAGGCACAUGCUAAAGCCAACGGUACCACUAGUAUUUUUCUAAAUGUAAUUGGUGUUUUAGAAACUAAGAAAAGCUCCAGAUUUCGUACCGUUUUGCAUGCGGACAGACUGGGUAUUAAUGCCACAAUUUUGUCCGGUCAUCUGUCGAUGACCUUUCACGGGAAAUCUAGCCACCCUCCAGAGACUUUCCGUACCCUCCAAAGUUCUACAAAACUCCUAUCUUUUCGCCAGAAUGGCUGGGAAUAUUUAAGCAAACGUGUGUAUGAAAAUGCCAAGGGAGAAUUCAAAACUGAUGACGUCAGAUUUUUAGGCCUUAAUUAUUAUGCUUUUAAAUCGACAGUUGCUUUUGUCUCGGCUACAACUAUUUUCCAUGGCAUCAAUGGCACUUUGGAAUACGGUGUUGUUCUCCUAGCUGGAUCAGCACUUGCAAAAAAAGGUUUAACUGUUGAAGCAGAGCUCAAUAGUAAGACACUAAGGACUGUGAAAUGGAGCGGCUUGGUUUACAUGGAGCCAUGGCAGCAGCUCACAUUGGCUGUCAGGAUGAAGGAAGGCAGCAAGUUUGACCUUUCACGUAUAAAUGCAAGGAUCAGCUGGUCGAGUUUAUCCUUUGUUGCGCUUUCGUAUCCAGAAAAUGCAGCUUUAUACAACGAACAUUCAAAUUCAAAAGAAUACUCAAAAGGAUUUGAGAAGUCAUUCCUCCCUACCAACUCUUGGUCUCUUAAUUUGCAAUGCCAGUCUUCAUGGUGCAGUGCUCAAGACCGCCAAGCCAAUCAAAACCAAGCCUGCAACACGACCUUGUCUUUGCAGAGAAGCAAACCUGAUGAGAGGAAUCCUAAUUCGAGAUGCUUGCAAGCUUUGGGGCUACCAAGAUUCAAAUUAACAAAAACGCAAGAUUUGGAGGCGAAUUUCUACUUAAUGAACAAUUCUUAUUACAAAAUUGACAAGUUCUUUAGCAUAAUCGAGACACUUAAAAGCUACUUUUCGGGCAGAUCAAAAGCUGCCUGUGUAGUUGGCCUUUUUUCAGUGAGACUGAAAGUGUCAACUUCAUCAAAUUCUCUACUUGCUCUUCAAAUCCAAACUGAGUUGCAGAAUGUGACCCUGGCUACCUCAAUGUUGAAUGAUGCUGUAUUUGAUGUUAUGACAUUUAAUGUUAUCAUAUGCCUAGAAACUGUGCUGGCUGUUCAAAUAAAGUAUUCUGAUAUAGUCAACGCAACUUUGGUGAGAAAUUCGACAGUGUCAUUCAGUUUGAUUGACAGGUCUUCGAAUGUUGAAGGUUUUAGUGCAAUUCAAAACAGUGACCAGAUUGUGUCACUUGACAAAAGAGAAAGAACAAGAUUGGACGGCUGGUCAACACAACAUGGCAUCACUUGUGACUCUUCUUUUGGUUUUAAACAGCCAUUUGGGAGCUUUAUAGCUCAAAUGAGUGGCAAAUAUAUGGCUACUGCAAAUAUUAUAGUGAAGACAUCACAAACAAGCAAAAUCACAGUUGCUUUGUACCACGACGACCACCAAGUCCCAGAGGCAACUUCUGUGAAUUUGAUUCAUAACAAUUCAGUUUAUACAAUAAAUUUAGUGGCUUUGGUUUCUGCUGAGAAAUGGAAUCUCCUUGAACUGAAGUUGACAGCUGAUCAGCCAACUUCGCUGCACAUCAUAUCAGGAUCAACUUUCUCAAUUGCUCUUUUUGAUCAAGAUGUGUCAUUGGACAGAUGCGAGUCGAACCUUCUUCGGAUUAAAACUUCAGAAAACAAAGAAAGAGCGUAUAGGAUUGGCGCAGAUAUUAUCCUAACCUGUGGCACACACGACUCAAGAAUUGUCGAUUUUUAUUGGCUUAGAGAUAACAAGGUAGUUGACUUUAUUCCAAGUUCAAGACAAGGCGUCCUUACUGUUAAAUCGGCAUCGGAAGACGAUACUGGAAUUUAUCGAUGCAAAAUAGCCACGGGUGAUUUCUUUGUUGUUUCCCAUGAAAUACGAGUAAUUGUUUAUGAUCCUAGGCCAAGAAUUCAGGUUUCAAAUCUGACGGUUGAUAUUCUUGAAAAUGCUCCUCCACGCCAGUCAUUGGCGAUAAUCAACGUCAAAGCUGCUACUCCAAAAGACCCCGAGAAUGGUCUUGUUCGCUUCUAUAUUCAGCCUGCUGAAAUGCAACAAAUUUUCUGCAUAUUUCCUGAAAAGACCAGAGAUAAAGCUGAUAUCAUGGCCAGAAAGAGUUUAGAUUAUGAGUCCCGCAAACUUUAUAACUUCACAUUGAUUGCCAUUAAUGAAGACUUUCAUGGUAUUGCAAAGUCCUCUGUCAAAAUACAAAUGAGAAUUAUAGAUCAAAAUGACAAUAGUCCCGAAUUCGAGAAAAUUUCGUAUGAAGUCAACUUGCUAGAAAACGCCCAAGUUGGGCAAGUGGUUUUCGCUGCAAAGGCUAAGGACAAAGACACAGGGAUUAAUGCAAAGGUUCUGUAUUCAUUGCACAACAACACGGACUCGGAGUAUUUUGAAAUAGGCCAGGAAAGCGGGAUAAUCACCUUGAGGAAGCCAGUAGCGGCGCGGAAAAGGCGGUAUUUUAUCCUAUUCGUUAUUGCAGAAAAUGAACCGUUUAGUGCAUUUGUUGAAGUCGUUGUUCGCAUUAUUGACAUUAACGAUAAUAGACCAUAUUUUGAGCCGACGAUCUAUCGUGUCAACGUUACAGAGACAACUGAGGUUGGCAGCAUCGUCUCAAAAGUUUAUGCCUACGAUGCAGAUUUUGAUCCUACCAAUCGAAACAUAACUUUUCAUGUUUUGGAACCUGCUGAAGCUUUUCCGUUCAAAAUUGAUGGCUUUGGAAAUAUUUUUAUUGACCGCAAACUUGAAGCAUUGGCUGGCAAGACAUUUGUUGUGAAAGUUGUAGCGUUCGAUGGCCAAGGCUUAGCAAGUACAAACAAGGCGACAAUCAUUUUGAAGGUUGCAAAGACUAUAAUUGUGCCAAUAUUUUCGUCUGGUUUGAGAUUCUCAAAUGACGUUUACCGUAUCAAAAUCCGGGAAGAUGUAUCAGUAGGUUCCUUGGUAACUACAGUCAAGGCGCAUAAUCCUGAAAAUAGCCAUCACCAGUUAAAAUACAUUUUCAUUAAGCCUGAAAAUCAUUACUAUUUUACGAUCUCAGAACGAACAGGGAAAAUAUUUACUAGCUUACCCUUGGACUACGAGAACUGCACAAAGCAUUUGCUGACGGUCUUCGCUUGUGACGUAGAUGGUAAUUCUGAAUGCACUGCCGUCAAGGUUGUGAUCGAUGUCGAAAAUGUUGACGAUAAUCUUCCAAAAUUCUCACAGACCCUUUACGAAGGAAACGUUAUCGAGGAAGCAGAGAUUGGCGAUUUUGAUCUGCAGGUAAAUGCUUCUGAUAAGGACCUAGGAUUAUAUGGAGAUAUAAGGUACAGCAUCGAAAUCAAUGAUGAAAGUUUUCCUUUCAUUAUUGGAGAGAAAAAUGGGGUCAUUAAGUUUGCAAAGAAGCUUGACAUUUUGCAAGUUAAAAGGUAUGUUUUUGUCGUCAUCGCAUCCAGUGGUCGUGAAACGGUGAGCACAGAUCAGGCCUUGGUAUGCAUACACCUUAGCAUGAAAUCGGCCAGGGUAAAUAGCAUCCAGCUACCAGUUUUUCAAAAGAAAAUACACCAGCUUUCUAUACCAGAAAACAUUGAGCCCGGGCAGCAGAUCAUACAACCGGUCAUACAGUCUCCAGAUAAUGUCACGAUUCGGUAUUUCAUUUUAGAGAACUCAAAUUUCACAUUCAAAACUAACCCAAAAACUGGAGGCGUAUUCGUAGUAAAAUCGUUAGAUUAUGAAACACGACGUUCUUAUGAUUUGUUCCUUAUUGCUGAAAUUAACAACAAUUACACGUUAAGGGGUUACACAAGGAUCCGUAUUAGUAUUAUUGAUGUUAAUGACAAUCAACCAUACUUCGCCUAUCAAAAUCUUGAGACCUAUAUAAGUGGAUCCUUGAAGCCAGGCAGACUUGUAACCAGAAUACGUGCUGUUGACCAAGACUUUGGUACAAAUAGUCAGAUGACUUACAGUUUUGGAACCAACUCAACGGUGAAGGAAUUCACACUCGAUUCUGAAACUGGAGAUUUGAAAAUCAAGGAAAUUGGAGACAGCAGAGAGUAUAUUCUUCCCAUCACUGCUUGUGACUCUGGUGUACCAAGGCAGUGUGCUUUUAAUAGCAUGACAAUUCACAUUUCGAAUAACACACACGAAGAUGAUCUAAAAAGUAGCCUUCUUGAUUCAAAUUAUACGUUUGUGGAAGUUGAAUUUGACGUUGGGCAGUAUAUCACUCGGCAAGACAGUGAACUGGAUGUGCGUUUCAUAGCUCAAGAGGUUCAUUUUUCCCAUCCGUAUUACUCGCAGUACUCACAGCUGCCACCAGUUACUUGGUACUUUGUUUACUAUCGAAGGGGUGAGAGGGAAAAUCACCUGCGCAGGUUUAUUGCGUCGCAACGGACUUUCACAUUUCAAAACAAGAGCCGCGUUCGGCGAGAUAUCUCUGAACCAAAUCAAGUGCUGAUGAAGUUUAAAUUUGGUGACGAAAGUCAUUGCGGGGAAAUUUGGAAAGCAAAUAAAAUAUGUAAUGGACCGCUGCAGCCAGGCAAUGAAUACAGGUUUCAACUUGAAAUACAAUACGCUGGAUCAAAAAGUUUCAUAAAGACCGGAUUCACAAAAACGUUCAAAACAGGCCCGUUGGUUCCAAAGCGGAGUCGUGUGUCAGUCGUGGUAGCCAAGUACCGUUUCCCAUACUGGGUUGCUCUUGUGGCGCUUGCAGGAGCGUUGUUGUUUCUACUGCUUGCACUAUGUGUAUGCUACUGUUGUUGGGCCAGGAGGAAGAGAAAACAGAAAUAUGACGUAGGGAUACAAAAAGACAGUUCAAUAGACGAAAGCUUCUUACCGUGGAAAACAGAAACCGAAUCUCAAGAGCUUACCAUUUGGUUUUCGGAAGAAAGCAUCCCUAAUGGAGGUCGUUCACGUGGAAACUCAAAUUCAAAUUCGACGAAACUAUAGUAAGCCUAAAAUGAGAUCUUACCUAAAUUCUAUAUUACUCUAACUUAGAGUUUCAAAAACUAUUCAGGUAUGGUGCCUUGUCUUUCAUUUGUUAUCACGAAUAUAUAAAUUUCCUGUAAUAGAUUCUAAUGGUAUUAGGUGAAGGAUCUUGAUUGUGAUCUUUCAUAUGGAACCAGAAGAAAAGCAGGAGCCUUUGAGCGGCCUUUUAGCAGCCUUUAUUGAUAUUUUUUUAAAGUAUUUAUGUUUAGUUUAUUUAUUAUCUUAUAGUUUUAUAAGACAUUGUGUAAAAGCGAUAAAAUAUGAGUAAUUGCUAAUUCAGGCUAUCUUGUAAAUUUAUGUUUUCCGUUGGAACCAGGAAUUGACAUCGACCAGGACAGUAAAAUGAAGUAGAUAAUUGUCCUGCGACUACUGAAAGUAUCUUUGUAAACAAUUUUAGGUUUUUGUAGAUGAGUUGUAGUGCACAGAAUAGCUCAAAAUUAUGAAAGAAGAAAUUCAAUGACAACGUAAAAUAACGAAGUGCAAAAUGAGGGAAAUUCGUCUCUUAACGUAAGCAUCAAGGAUUGUCAGCUAUGUAAAUACAUAUUUAGACAUGUCUGUCGCGAAGCAGAUUUUAUUUAUAGCGUUUUGUAUUGCACCUGACAAUACAUCGAUCAUGAUCAAUCAAUUUCUUUUUAUGAUUUGCUUUUAAAUUAAAGCUUGUAUAUAUUUAAGAGAUUAUUGAGCCUACUGAACAGCAAA